GGCUAAUGCCAGCGAGCUAAGCUAACCCAAACAUGGCUGAGGAUGAUCUGGACGAGCUGCUGGAUGAAAUAGAAAAGAAGUUUUGUCGAAAUGUUUCUGUCUCGUGUUCAGGUCGAGGAGACGCGAACGAGGCCGGAAAAUACGAGAAAGACAAAGAAAGGCCGAUAAAACAAAGUGCGGCUAAACCUGAGAAACCGAUAAGCAGCAUCACUGAAGAUAUUGACGCCCUCCUGGAGGAACUGCUGGAGGAAGACUGUAGUGAUUCCUUAAAACCAAAGACUGAAGAGUUCUCUAAAGGACCACAAGUGGAGAAGAAGCUGUCAUCUCAGUCUGGAGGGAGGAAGUGCUGUCCUGUUUUCGUUGGCGGGAGCUCCGUCACAAAUGGUGUAGGAACAGCCACAUCCAAGAGGUCAUGUGACCAGCUGAGGUGUACUUCCUGUGACUUCCGGGUGCUGAUGUUCGAUGACUGUGAGUGGGACUCGUCAUGUGAUUACCUGUUCCUCAGGAACAACAUGCCGGACCACCAGAAGCUCCGAGCCAAGCUGAAGAGGCGUAGAGGUUUACGAUCGUACGCCUGCCAGUGCAGCUGGUUCUCAGCGCUGCAGCCGACGGACCUCCGAGACAAACCUCAGCUCCGAUGGGUUUGUGCUAAACAUCUGGACUGAUGUUUGUCUCAUCACUAUGGUAACAAGCCAAAGCACACGUGUUACUUUCUCUCUCUCUUCUUGUGGACUUUCUGGACUUAAACACCUGCAGUCAGACUGAGUUAACGGGAGGUUUUAACCCUCUGCACCUUUUAAUCAUCGUGGUCGUCAGCACUGAUUACAAUAAACAGCAUCAUGAAUAACGGCUUUGUUAUCUCCUGAAAUGAGUUACGUAAUGUUUUGUAAAUGUCAGACA